AUGGCACCUUGUCGUCAGCUACUCUUAUGGUCAGUUCCAUCAAUAGCAGUCUUACUUGGUAUCUUCUGGUUCAAGAAAAAGAGAGAGUUUGCAAGAUCUGACCCAGGGGGAAGAGAAAAAAUAAAAAGUUUAAAAGAAGAACUUGCCGAGGCCCUUAAUGCUGAAGCAGAAUUAUUAAAAACCUCUCCUCUAGGUAAAGUUGAACAUUCAUUAGUCAAGUCCUUACCUAUUGAUAUAGUCCCAAAUGGAAGUGGUUCCCAGAGGUCUUCUCCCAUAGAACUGACUGAUGAAGAAGUUGAUCUAGAGAUAGAAAAGAUCAUUAAGAAAAAAUCUCUUGAAAUAGAGAAAAGAAUGUCACUACGCACUGAAAACAAGAUGGAAGAAAUUCGUCUGAGAGAUGCUACCAUUUCUAAACAAGAUUGUCAAUCCAAAUUAGGUUCUUCUUUUAAAACUGAAUUGAAUUGCAUUAGAAACAAUCCUAACUUACUAUUAGAUGAUACUUCAAAAAUUGAUGAGAAUGAUGACUCAUCAACUGGGUCGGAUACAAAUUCUCAAGUAGAUAGUAUAAAAUUAGAUGCAACUGCAUCUGAGGUUAUUGGGACUGAAGAGGCCACUGAGAGUGAUAAUGAGGAUCAGAAUGAUGAUAAUGAUGAUGAAACGGAAAAAACAAAUGAGGCUCCCGGCAGCGCUAACAGUUACUCGGCUCCACAGAAUAGAAGGAUUUCAGAACGAGAUUCUGCAAACCACAGUCCUGUGGACCCAAUGUUAGCUAGCCCCUCAAUGUGUCACUUCUCAGAUAAUCAUAGUGAAGGAUCAAGUGAUAGUGGUAAAGGUUGUUCAGAGGCUGCCAGUCCGCCUCCAACUAAUAUUAACAUAGUCUCUGCGGAGGCGGGUUUAAGAAUACAUCAGUUUAUUAUACCACAGGCUUUAGUUGGUCUAUUAAUAGGAAAAUGUGGAUCAUUUGUAACUAAAAUAAAAGCAAAGACUGGAGCAACAGUAUAUGUUAGAAGACAUCCAGAUUUAGUUAAACAAAAAAUUUGUGCAGUUGAAGGAACUCAGAGUGAAAUAGAGGCAGCUUUAGAAAUGAUAAAAGAAAAGUUCCCCGAAAAUAGGUUCCCCCAUUUUUCAAUUCAAGAAAUUAGUGCAGAAUUAUAUCAAAGACUGACACCUGUAGUGCCUGAAUUCCUCCAAUGGAGCGGAAUGUUGCAGUUGGUAGAAUCUGUGAACAACGAUACUAUCCUGACGUGUUUGGUGAGUGCGGGGCAUUUCUUCCUGCAACAGCCGUUACAUCCAACCUUCCCGUCGCUCCACGCGCUGCACCGCCUCAUGGCAGCCACCUAUCAGAGCCCAGAUGUACCAGCACUUCCAAAACCGGUCCAAGAGGGUUCUAUCUGUGCUGCUCCGACGGAGAACAACUGGUACAGAGCUCAGAUAAUUUCCACAUCUGAAGAAAAUGACACGUCUGUUGUUAAACUGGUUGACUUCGGUGGCUACCUCACAGUUGACAAUGACCAGCUAAAGCAGAUCCGCUCGGAUUUUAUGACGCUGCCUUUCCAAGCCACCGAAGCGCUGCUAGCAUUUGUAAAACCCGCCAAUAACGAGAGUGAAUGGAGUGGUGAAGCUCUUCGUAUAAUGGCUGGUUUGACGGCGGGUCAACUUUUACACGCGCAGGUCGCCGGCUACGACGAGCGAGGACUGCCGCUAGUACAUCUUUAUCUAACACUCAGUCCACAGCAAGUGAUAUUCCUGAACCGCGAGCUGGUGGACCGCGGGCUGGCCGAGUGGGAGGUGCCGGCCGACUCGUGA